UUUCUUCUUGGCAUUUUCUGGGCUGUCGCGACAGUGCGUUCUCCGGAGCGUCGAUAGAAAACCAGUAAAAUCGCGGUGAAAUCUAGUAAUUUUCGGUCCAAGUGAUGUGAAAUGUAGUAAUUCAUUGAAUAUUACCUGAAGUGAAUGUGUUAUCGAUUAGUUUUUGUUGCAUUUUGAUACUGAAUUGAAGUUCGUAAAAUUUCCCGCCCCCGAACGGAAGAGACAGUUGGCGAGCGCGUAAACAAAAGUUUACCGAACUCGAACUCGCGCGAUAAAUCGCCGUCAGCCGCGUGAGUACCGCGGGUCACUCAGCAGACUGCUUGUGGCAGUGUUGGUGUGUUGCGUGUGCUAGGCACUCAACAUCGCUUUUGACAAGCAGUUGAGAGGGAAAAAGAGCAAAAAAGUGUUCAAAUUAAGCCAGCCAUUGGACGAGCGAGCACGGACGGAAGACGGAGGAACAUCAAAGCAAGCCACCUCCAAAGAAGCAGCUUGAAAAAGUGUCUGGGAAGUCGCAACCAGGAGGAAAAUGCCUCUCCUACGGCAGAAGCUGUUCCAGAAAGUGUCCGGUCAGGAGAAACUUCGCGACAGUGAUGAAGUGUUCUUCUGUGAGACGACAAACGAAAUCUUCAGCAACUACGAAGACUAUUUCCACCAUGUCGUGCUCAUCUCAUCGAUUGUGUGGACCUGUGAGAUCACGGGCAAACCGAAUCUCACCUAUGCGGAAGCGCUGGAGUCGGAAAAGCAGGCCCGCAAGCUAGUCCGGUCGUUCCCCGCUGCGGUCAAGGGACCGUUCCUGCUAGUGGCGUCACACACCAAGCGGAGCUCCUUCAACGAGAUGCUCGACGAUGUGGUCGGCUUCAUCAAGGAUCAUUACUUCAAGGGAGAAAUGGUUGACGCCAUCGAUCCGAACGAGAAUGUCUACCGUGAGGCCAAGAUCGUCGAAGUGAUAGCACCGAGUAACAAAACCAGCCCAGUGAAGGCGGAUAAGAUCAAGUAUCGUGUUCGUUCCGAUGAUGGUGGUGAGCCUAGAGAAUGGACCACAGUUGCCGAAAACAUCAAACGUGAUCGUAGUUCAGCCACUCGUGACAAAUGCAAAGUGUUCUUGAAGCAAAAUGUUGAGCAGGUGAAUGGAGUGCUCAGGAUAAAAGACGCUCCCUUUAAAAAGCUCGUAACCGAUGAGAAAAUUACAGACGCCAUGAUUUUCUUCGGUAAACCACCGGAUUUUGGUACAUCGAAAAGUUUGCAAAGAGCCGAAGAAAAGAAACGCAUUGAGCAGGAAAAGAAAAAGAUGUCCAAGGAUGGUCCAAAGAAACCUGGUCCCAAACCUGGUUUCAAGAAAGGGGAUGGCAAACAACAGAGCAUGACAAAAUAUUUGAACAAAUCAACGGAAGACAAAGCAAAAACCACAGAAGAUGAGAAGAAGUCCGAGAAAAAUCUCAAAGAGGAAAUGGAACGUAAGCGUCAGGAGAAAGCAGAAAAAGAGGCUUUAGAGAAGAAGCUUUUGGAAGAGCGGAAGGCGAUUCUCACCGAGCAGGUCGCUAUUGCCAUGAAGAAGUUCAAUACUAUUCAGGAAGAUUUAGAACUGAACGAUCAAAAAGUCAUUCCAGAACCUAAACCACUGAGCACAAUCAUCGAUUCGAAGCAUUUUAGCGAUUUUAUGUACAUUUUGGAAUUUAUGACCUCUUUUGCUGAGUUAUUGUCGAUUAAGGACAAGUUCUCCAAUGGUCUGUCCAUGGAUCUGAUGGAAAGAGCUCUGUUGUUGAAGGAAGUAAACGGUCCAUUGAGCGACAUAUUUCAAGUCCUGCUGAGCACUAUCUUUUCACACCAAGUAGAGGAAGAAAACGAAGUGUACAUUCGAUACGAUACGGCGUCCGACUUCGGAAUGCGUAAAAAUGGAAUCCCGUUCUACAAGAAAGCAACUGAAGCUGGCAUAUGGUGCGAGACUCAUUACUGCGCCAAAUUGAACGAACUACCCAUGGAUUCCACCACCGUUUCAGAAAUUCUUCGACUGCAUUUUCUUUCGUCCGGUGCGCUGAUUGAAGAUAAAGGAGCCAAGUGGCGGUACUCUAUGCGGGGAGGCUAUCACAGCUCCGACGAUCCCGGAACCCAAAUUGUGCUGGACAGUCCGCACAUUUUGAAGGCCCUCAACUCGCACACGGUGUUUCAGCUUCCAGUUGGCGACGUUUUGAAGAUUUUAAAAUGCCUUAUCGACCAGCUGUUGACGUACAGCAGCGUGCGAGAACUGAUAGAAGAACGGCUGGAAAAGGCUAAGAUUGCCAAGCAGCAGUACUUGACGGCAAAUGUGGCCAAGCGGAAGCGUGAGGGUCGCAACGCCUCCGAGAAAUGGGACAUGAAGAAUGAAAUUAAGAAGAAGGUUGUCGCCCAUGAGGGUACCGCCGAGGAGAAAGCUGCUCUGCGCAAGGAGCUGGAAGAAAAAAUGGCUCAAGAUGUUGUGAAAAUGGACGCCGACACCGAACGCGACGUCAAAAACAUUCAGAAAGAUAUCGAAAAGUACAAAAUUGACUUCUUCGAUUACCAAAUUUAUCUGGGAUCAGAUCGUGCUCAUCGUAGCUAUUGGCUGUUUGAAUCUUUGCCAGGAUUGUUUGUGGAGUACGACCGAACAUUUUCCGGCAAAUGUUUGGAAGAACCAACGGCACAUAUUCCCGGAUUGGCGUCCUGCCCUGCGGAUAUGAGAAAGAAGUUCAUUACCCAAACAAUUAUGAAUAACAAGCUGAGCGAAGAAGACAAGGAAAAUCAUGCCAAUAAGAAAGGAUUAGUUAUUGAAAAAUUGAUGCUGAAUGGAAGCGUCAAACUGAAGGCAUUGCUCGAUCAAAACAAAACUGCCAUCAAUGGAGCUCCAGAGGAAAGUCCAUCCGAGGUCAAAAGCGACGUCCUCAAAACACCUUCCAAUGCAGAACUGCUCAUGUGUACGGCCAAUCCCAAAUCUUGUCCGGUGCACGGUGACUCUUAUUCCGGGCCAGUAUGGGGUUUCUAUCACACUGAGGAGGAAAUUAAUGCUCUAAUCGAAAGUCUCAACCCGAGAGGUGUCCGAGAAAAGAUUCUCCGCGAGAAUCUGGAAAACGAGAAAGAGCUAAUUUUGUCCCAUGUUAAGGAUUGCCCGGUAGAUCAAAUUACCGCGAAGAUAGAGGACCGGGAAACCAUACUUGCUGCUAUUAAUGCGAAGUACAUGAAGAAAUACGAGUCUCCGAACUUCAACCACGAACCAGGAACAGAUCCCAGCGUUAUUUUCGAGGCUACUUUGCGAGAAAACAUACUCGAGCUGGAAGCUAAAAUUUCCAUCGGUUACCUGGGCAGCAUGAAAGUGACAAACCGAGAAGAGUGGCGUAGUGCGAUCGAGCAGUUUGAGUUUCAACAACUGUCUCAAGAACCGUUGCGGUGGGGUCGAAAUCGACUGGCGGCUAUGAAGGAGAAGGAAGCGCAGGAAGAGCAGGACGAAGGCAUGGAAAAUGAUGAAUCGGACGACGACAAUGAAAAACAACUGUCUCAUGAUAAAGAUCCGGGUUACGAUUUGCCAGAUUCAAUCAUAAUUGAUUCCGAUGACUCAACUGACGACGCCAAGCUCUCGCAAGAAGCCGCAGUUUUGAAGGAGAAGGUCCAUUCCUUAGCUACGGCCCUGCUCCAAAUCGAACAGUGCAUCGAUCCGAAGUUCUUGUGCUUUCCGUUCGGUGUGAAGAAGAAAAUCAAAGACAAGGCUGCCAUCGCUAAAUCGAUAAUCAAGGGACAGAAAAACCUGGCCCGUUGGGAGGAGUCCUUGAUGCGAGCUACAAACUAUUCCCAAAUAUUCCUGCACUACAACGUCCUGUACGAUACCAUCCAGUGGAACAGAUCAGCAGAGCGAAUUGCUUGCAUGAUCUGCCGCCGAAAGGGCAUUCCAGAGCAGACGCUACUAUGUGAUGAAUGUAACCGUGCGUGUCACAUGUACUGUCUGAAACCCAAGUUGAAACAUGUCCCGGAAGGAGAUUGGUUCUGUCCAAAAUGCCGCCCGGAAGAUUACAAGCGCAAGAGGCAACCCAGGAAGCUAAAGGUUUUCGUGGAAGAGGAGCCUGCCGAGGAAGAAGAGCCAGAGGAAGUUGAGGAGCAAGAGCUGGACGAAACCGUAGAGGAAGAUGAAGCGGAGGAAACGCUCGUCGAAGAUGAUUUGCUUGACUGUGCAAAGUGCAAGGAAAAAGGCGCAACGGCAGUUUGCUCCACGUGUAGCUUCGCAUACCAUCCGGAUUGCACCAAGUCCCUCACGAGUAGUCCGAAGAAGAGUUGGAAUUGUGAUAAAUGCAAGAAAAAAUCAAAGAAUUCAAGCAGCUCUAAGAAGAAGUCAAAAAGUAGCAAAAAGUCCAAGUCCAAGAAAAAAGUGGCCGUUCGACUAGCUGCCGGGCCAGUUGAAGAUGACAGUUUUGAGAAUUAUGACAAUGAAGAUGAUAUUGCUGACCAGGAAGAGGAAACAGAAGACGUUGUCGAAGAGGCAGAGGAAAUUGAAGAAGAGCCUCCAAAAGCCAAACCGUCGAAAAAACGUAACUCGAAACGAAAAGCAUCGGAAGAUGAAAUUUCGAGUGACGAAGAAACGUUAGCUGUAAAAGCCAAACGAAAUCGUCGGUCAUCUAGCAAACGGUCGCUCACGAAUGGAUUCCACGACGAGGAUGAAAAUGAUGAUGAUGAGGUGUCGUCACCUCCGAGCAAAUCACGACGAUCGGCAGCAGCCAGUGAAGAACAGAACACGUCGAGUUCUCGCAAGGGCAGACGAACCGGUGAUGAUCUACCGCUGAAUAGCGUAGCGUUGUACACCUUGAUCGAUGACAUUCUCAAACAUGCGGACUCGUGGCCAUUCGACAGACCCGUCUCCGUGAAAGAGGUCCCCGACUAUUACACUAUUAUCAAAAACCCGAUGGACUUUGCCAAGAUCAAAUCAAAACUAAACAUGGGCGAGUACACGAUAAAUGAACAGAUGAUGAACGAUAUACAGCUGGUGUUCCGUAACUGCGACUUGUACAACACCGACGAGACGGAGAUUUACAAAACCGGCCAAAACCUAGAGCGCUUUGUAUUACAACGCACCAAGGAGUUGUCCCUUCCGUUCAAACCGAGCGACAUGCUGAAGCACGACUCGACGCUGAAAAAUGGCACCUCCACUCCCACCACUCCAGUAAUCAACGGUGAGUCCUCGCCGAAAUCGUCACACAAAGACAGCAGUAGUGGGAAAAGAAGGUCGAAAAAAUAGGUAAUAAACUGCUGCGUUUCUCAACCCUAAGCGUACAUACAAUAGUUCUAAGACAAAGGAACAUCGGCUAAGUAUUGAUAUGUGUUAAGAGUAGGCUUGAUUUUACCCAUCAUUUCUUGUGACUACAUAUUACUACUGGAUGAUGAGAAGUUUUUUUUUAAUACUAGCUCGUAUGACUUAGAUAAAGAUCAUUGACACAAAUUUCUCAUUGUUGGAUGACAAAUAUUCCAAAAAGUUGGCUACACUUGCAUAGCUUCGAAGUAAACUCGAUCACAUCAAUAGUACACAUAACUUGGACGUUACAGAUCCAUGCUCUAUUCUCAUCUGUCUAAACAUUAGGUUCCCAUAUUUUUUUUAUUUAUAAUAAAAUGACGUACAUUAAGAUAGAGAAAA